GAAUUCAACAUGCUAGAAUGAACAUGUAAUUAAUACACAUACAAGACAAGAGUGAACGAAAGUGUGUAAUUUUCUUAAUUUUUCAAAGUCACGCUUUAAAAUUUCUUAUCCAAUUAGAUUUCUUUGUCUUUUAUAAGACCACGUAGCGAAUUUAGCAGAGAUAAUGCUUAUGUACCCGCAUGUUUAUGUAAUAUGAUAAAAAAGACGUGAUAACUGACGCGAUUUGAUAUGCCGUGGACAUUCGAGAAAACGCUGCAGAAGAUAUUUGUUUGUAAAACAGUAGAAUAAAUUCUCAUUGAGAAGCGAGGAUCAAACGCGUUAGACGUUUUCCACGGAAACCAUGGAAAUUCUAAUUACAGAUAUCGAUGUGAAAGAUAUAAGAUUUCCAACAUCGUUACUGGCAGAUGGAAGCGAUGCUAUGCACACCGAUCCCGAUUAUUCUUGCGCGUAUGUCACGAUUAAAACUAAUACGGGAAUCGAAGGAUACGGAUUAACAUUUACCUUGGGUAGAGGCACAGAAAUUGUCGUUAAAGCAUGUAAGUCGAUAUCUUACUUGGUAAAAGGACACAAUGUUAAUGAGAUUUUUGCGCACUUUGGUUCAUUCUGGAGGAAACUGACCAGUGAAUCGCAAUUAAGAUGGAUUGGACCAGAAAAGGGCGUUAUUCAUCUUGCCACAGCUGCUGUAAUAAACGCGUUAUGGGACCUAUGGGCUAGGAUAGAAAAUAAACCUGUAUGGAAAUUACUUACGGACUUAACUCCCGAAGAGUUAGUCUCUACGAUUGAUUUCAGAUACAUCACCGAUGUUAUCACGAAAGAAGAAGCGAUUAAAUUGCUAAAAGACAAUGAAAAAGGGAAAGAAGAACGCGAGGAGUUAUUACGAAAAAAUGGAUAUCCCGCGUACACAACGCAAGUGGGUUGGCUUGGAUAUAGCGAUCGGAAAGUUAAAGAGCUUUGCGUUAAGUUCUUAGAUCUUGGUUUCACAUCUUUCAAGGCAAAGGUUGGUCAAAAUUUAACAGACGAUAUAAGAAGAUGUGAACUGAUACGCGACGCGAUAGGAUACGAUAAUAAAUUGAUGUUAGAUGCUAAUCAAAUAUGGGACGUCAACGAAUCAAUCGAGUGGAUGAAACGUUUGAUAAGAUUCAAACCAAUUUGGAUCGAAGAGCCAACAUCUCCGGACGAUGUGUUAGGACAUGCAAAGAUUGCAAACGAACUAAGACCGUUCGGUAUUGGUGUUGCGACUGGUGAAAUGUGCGCUAAUCGUGUUAUUUUUAAGCAACUGUUACAAGCAAAAGCAAUCGACUAUUGUCAAAUUGAUUCGGCUAGAAUAGGAGGAAUCAAUGAAGUAUUGGCUGUUUAUUUGAUGGCAAAAAAAAUGGCUGUUCCAGUGUGUCCGCAUGCCGGUGGAGUAGGUUUAUGCGAAAUGGUUCAACAUCUCCAGAUGUGGGAUUAUAUUUGCCUGAGCGCAACUACAGAAAAUCGUGUGAUAGAAUACGUUGAGCAACAACACGAGCAUUUUGAACAUCCUGUGCUUGUUCAAAAUGCCUGUUACAUGCCUCCCACCAGUCCGGGUUAUUCGACCAAAUUUAAUAAGGACUCUAUUAAGAACUAUUCGUAUCCGGAUGGAGAGAAAUGGAAAGAUAUGUACGAGGAAGGGCUUUUCCAAAGAUCAUCCCAUUAAGAUGUAGAAAAUCAAAAUUUGUAUAUUUACAUAUAUUAACUAUAUGAUAAUCUAUACCUUGGUAUAAAUAUAUGUAUAUUCACCACCACAGCAGAGUAAAGU